AUGUUCGGCAAGCGCGGCCCAGCUGUGGAGGAGACACAUGCUUCCCUGCGUGACCACAUCUUUAACCGGGACAUUGGCGCGCUGGAGGCUUCUCUCGCAUCGCUCCGCUGGGCCAGCACUGCCGUCAAUCACCGCUCGUCCGACACGACGCCGCUGCUGCUUCUCGCUGCGACGCAGGACGACGCGCCGUCUGUGUCGCUGCUGCUCAGGGCACGCGCCAGCAUCAACAUAGCUGACAGCUCGGGCGCCACUGCCGCCUUUGUCGCCGCUCGCAGCAACGCUGCCGCCGCGCUCGAGGUGCUGAUUCGCAGCGGCUGCGACGUCAACCAACCGCGCGCGUCUGGGGCGACGCCGCUGUACGUCGCAGCACAAAACGACUCGCGAGCCGCGCUCGCGAUGCUGAUCGCGGGCGGCGCCGCUGUCGACGCGCAAAAAGAGGGAGGCUUCACGCCCCUCCUUAUCGCGGCGAUGCGCGGCCACGCACCGUGCGCCGGCGCCGACCCAGACCGCGCGUACGAUGUCGCGGACCGGUGGAGUGCGCUGAUGGUUGCGGCACACCUGGACCAGCGCGACGUGCUCGAGGCGCUCUGCCGGGCGGGAGCUUCGGUGCUGCUCCGCGACGCUGGCGGGCGGACGGCGCGGGAGGAGGGGCUGCUGCAAGAGGUGCGCCAGCUCGGGCCCGUGCAGGCGUCGCUGCAGCUCGAGUCGGACGCCAUCGCGGCGCUGCAGCCGCAGUGCGCGCGCCUGAUUGGCGAGGAGGAGACGUUCGUCGGCGCGGCGCGGCUGCAGCAGCAGUGCCUGCUCGCCACCCAGACGCUGCUCCCCGCGAGACGAGCAUCGCUGGAGCGGCGCAGGCUCGAGGCGGAGAUCACGGCGCUCGAGGCGUACCGCGCCGCCGUGGCGGCGGUGCGAGACUCGCCCGACGACGUGGCGGCGCUUCCCGCGCGCGACGGCGCCGCCGCCACUUACGCCACCGCCGCCCUCCGCCUGAAGCUCGAGGCGCGGCGCACGGGGAGCCUCAAGGCGGCUGCGGCCAAGGCGGAGCUCGAGGCGGCGCUGCCAGCGCUGGGAGGGCUGCCGUCAUGCCAAGGCGGGCCGCCGUUGGCCGCUGCAGCGCACGAGGCGGGGCCGGCUCCGGCCGGUGAGCCGGCGCCGAGCAUACCGGAGGCGCUCGGCGAGGCGCUUCCGGUCCUGCGCGCGAUGCUCGGCCAGGCGGGCGAGGAGGCGAUGGCGACGCUGCGGCGGGCGCUCGACCGCGAGCUCGAGCUGCUGGCGGCAGUCAAGGGUCCGCUCGCCGUCGCCACGGCGAGAUGCGGCGCCGCCCUCUCGGCGGGCGCUUCGGAGGCGCUGAGCGGCGACGCCGAGGCGGAGCUCGCGAUGGCGCAGCAGCACGCGUCGGUCGUCGAUCAGGAGGAGCGCCUCGCGGCCGGCGCAAAGGUGCUGGCAGAGGCGACUGCCGCGAUGCAGCGCCUCGCCUCGCUCUCGGAGCAGAAGCUCUCCCUCGAGGACGAGAUCGACGGCUUGCGGCGGGGAGAGGACUCGACUGAGGCGGUCGAGGCGCGGCGCGCGGCGGCAGUCGCGCAGAUGGACGCGUUGGCCGCCGAAGCAGCGUUGGCGAGGGCGACUCUCUCCGACCCGGCGCUGCGGAAGGGGCUGCAGGCGCACUAUCCGGAGGCUGCCUGCAAAGGCGACUUCUUCCUCGGCUUGUGGCCCGAGGAGGCCCCGGCCGAGGAGGGCGCUCCACCGUGUCCGGCUGACGAGGAUGACUCCACGGACGCCGCUGCGCCGCAGGAGACGCCCACUGUGCAUGCCACUGUGACAGAGGGCGAGUAA